AGAGUAUAGUAAAGCGUGACUCAUCGCCUGGUGUCAGGACGCUGCCAGUUAACUAAUUAAAAGCUUUCCAGAGAGUAUAAGACUGGCAGGGAACAGCCGCUCGAUUUUCAUAACGUUCUGUAGUUAGAGUAACUUUCAGAUAUCGGAAAAAAAUGAAUGACAUGCGAGCUGGGAAACCUGUCGGCGGUCAACCGCUGGAGUUGUUCAGCUGUUCUCAUGGCGAGUGUGGCGCAACUUUCACCAGGCAGUGGAAACUCAAAGAGCAUGAGACUGUGCACACCGGGGCGCGCCCGUGCCAGUGCGCAGUUGCCGGCUGCGGUCGUCGCUUCUCCAGAAGCUCUCACCUGCGGCGCCACAUGCUUGAGCACACCGGGGAGAAGCGAUUCAAAUGCAAGUUUGUGACCUGUACAAAGACAUUCUUUAACGCAAGCAAAUUGAAGAGACACGUGCGCUUCGCCCAUGGAGACAAAAAUAAGUACUUCAAGUGCAAGCACCCAAACUGCUCUCUGACCUUCAAAAAGCGCAGGUUGUUUAAGAUGCACCUGAAGGAACAUGAAAUGGUUGCCAAGUUCAAAUGUUCGAAGGAUGGAUGCGCUGCCACAUUUGACUCCCAUAUUGCCCGCAAAGCUCACGAGAAGAAGCAUGCAGGUUACCGCUGCCCUCAUACUAAUUGCCAGGUAUUUGAACAUACCUGGGGGAAACUUCAGAAACACAUGAUUAAACACCCAGCCACAUUUACAUGCCAAGUGUGCAAGAAGGAGUUUAAGAAAGUGGAUUCUUUGCGGAGGCACAAGCGGACGCAUGCUUCCCACAAGCCUGUGCUGGUCUGUCCCAGAGAUGACUGCCAGGCUUACUUUUCUACAACCUUUAACCUGCAGCACCAUAUUCGCAAGGUGCACCUUGAGCUGCUCAAAUACAGAUGUUCCUUCCCCGACUGUACUCGCAUGUUUGCUAUGCGGGAGAGUAUGACCAGACACCUACUUCGCCAUGACCCAAAUGCUACCACUCUGAAAAAACGGCAGCGACCCAGGAAAACCUGGCAGAAACGCCUGAAUGGACAAAAUCUGCCACUCGUGGAGGAAAACCUGCGUCACCUAUUUGCUCUGCGCAUGCGAAUCUCCAGACGUGCCAAGGUGGAAACGAACCUCUCAGGCCUCUUCAAUGAGCGCAAGAUCCAUCACUAUGUUGACCCAGAAGUCAAUCUGCGUAACCUGUUUGGGAUCAAACAGCAUCAGGCUCUGGAGAAGAACGAGAUUGCGCCAGUAAAAGGUUAAACAAGGAUGCUUCCAGGCUUUUUGGUUAAGUUAGUACUUUGUUUCAAAGUUAAACCAAAGUUGUUUUUUUUCUUGUUUAGACAAUGGGUCUUUUUCCUUUUGAAUGUAGAUUGUAUACAUUAAAAUACUUAAAUUUCAAAGCAGUGUAACUUGACACAUUGAUUAGGAUGUCAAGCUUUUGAGUCUUAUUCUGGAGACGGCAGGUCUCAGCUGAAACACUUAUUUUGUAACAUGGCUUUUGACCCAAUAAAAAUAGUUGUGAGUUU